AUGGGGUGCCGGUGGGCGAAGUUUUGCGAUGAUAUUCAUAUUCAUGUCGCCGACGCUGCUGGAGCUCCUGCGGCGGACGUUUAUUUCGCGAUUGCGUCGUAUUCAGUUGCAGUGUGGGGCAUCGCGCAUGUGGCCACUUUCUACUACAAGUUCAACAAGACAGUCAAAAAAUCAGGUGGCAAGGUGACGUUAGCCAGCAAGCUGUUUGGUAACCGGCUGGGGGUCACGGGGCACCUGCUGUGGUUUGCGUUCUUUUUCAUUUACGUGUCAUCGGUGCCGGCAGUGCGGCGGCGGUACCACGAGGUGUUCUAUUACACGCACCAUCUGUUUCUGGCGAUUGUGCCGCUACUGUUUCUGCACGGCAGUGCAGCGUCAUUCCAGUGGUACUUUGUGGCACCAGGGUCGAUCUAUGUGCUGGACCGGCUGUACCGGUUCAUGCGGUCGCGGUUCCGGUACCCGCGGAUUCUGAGUGUGAUUCAGCAUCCGUCGAACGUGAUUGAGCUGCGGAUUGAGAAACGCGGUAUCAACGCACAGGUCGGGCAGUAUGUGUAUCUGAACGUGCCGUCGAUCUCACUCCUACAGUGGCACCCGUUCACGCUGACGAGCGCGCCGGAGGAGGACGAGUUGACGCUGCACAUCUGGGUCAGCGGCGAUUGGACGCGGCAGCUGGUGGCGGCACUGCGGGCGUGUGCGGUGAGUGACGCAAACGACAGUGGGUCGCUGUUUGGCAUGGGGACGCGGCCGGGGACAGCAGCACCAUCUGUUGCGUCGACAGGCGUCACUGAGCGGCUGGAGCGGGCGCGCAAUGUGCCGACGGACCCAGGGAACCUGAACACGCUGAGUGCGCUGGCGGACCAGGAGCGACUGAUGUUGAUGAUGAAAGGCGAGAUCGACCCGGCGUCGGGACUGCCGAAACCUGGGGUGCAGACGAUGUACCACCCGCUGAACCAUCACCGCGGGUCGGGCGAGUCGCGGCCGUGGUCGCGCGUGGGGCGGCAGAGCCAGGUGCUGUUGGACCGGCUGCCACCCGAGAUGGACUUCCGGCUGUCAGGGACUGUGGCGCCAAACCCGGUGGUGCAGAGUGCACCGCUGGUCAGCCUGCCGCGGAUUCUGGUGGACGGGCCGUAUGGAGCGCCGACGCAGCAGGUGUUUGACUACGAGUGCGUGGUGCUCAUCGGCGGCGGAAUUGGCGUGACGCCGAUGGCGUCGGUGCUCAAGAGCAUGUACUACCAGCUACUGUCGCCGCCGUGUAUGCGGCGUGUGCGCAAGGUGUACUUCCUGUGGGUAUGCCGCGAUGUCCAGUCGCUGGAGUGGUUCCAGGAUCUGCUGGCAGCGCUGGACGAGGAGGAUAUUGGCGACACGCUGGAAAUCCGCACGUACCUGACAGGGCAGAUGCCGGUGGACAAGAUCAACAACAUUGCGCUGUACCAUGACUCGGAGGCAGCAGAUCCGAUCACAGGGUUCUGA